CUUCCGGGCCUUAAAAAAUAAGAACAUUGCCCUGCAAUCUUGAUGAUACCCUUCACACAGACGCUUGACAAUUCAUCCUUAAAUCACUCAACUCUCUUGUCUAAGAAAUUCUUCAUUCAAGAUUUUCUUGAACUUGAUUUAUAUCUCGUUUUGGUUUAGGUAUAAUUGAGUAGAAGAUUUAAGGGCUGUUAAUGCAUGGAGCACUUACCACCAAAAGUUCCAUCUAUGGCACACAAUUGGCCGUCAUUUCCAUUCCAAAUGAUGCCACUUCAUGCUCCACAAAAUUCAUGGGUUGAUGAAUUCGUCGACUUCUCCUCGACACGGCGGAGCAUGUACCGGAGGACGGCGAGUGACCCUGUCGCCUUCGUGGAAGAGUCUGGCAAUAAUAAUAAUGGGUUUGAGAGAUUGGAUGAUGAACAGUUAAGAGACAUGUUUUCUGAUGAUAUGGCGGAUGUGGGGCCUACUACAAGGUCUUCGUCUAGUCCUUCCUCACCGUCGGAUCAGAACGGUGAAAACAAUGAGAAGAUAACAACGGUGGUGGAGGUGGAGGUGGAGAAGGAGCCCCACCGUGUGCAGCCGAAGAAUGAGCCUGGUGAGGUGGAUAGUUCAUGCAAACCACCAGUAGAGUCACUGCCUCCUGCCAAAUCUUCUGAUAAUGCUUCUGGGGAUACCAUUGUUGAUCCAAAGAGGAUCAAAAGAGUUUUGGCCAAUCGUCAGUCGGCUCAAAGAUCAAGAGUGAGGAAAUUACAAUACAUUUCUGAGCUUGAAAGGAGUGUGACAACAUUGCAGAAUGAACUAUCAGCUUUGUCACCAAGGGUUGCAUUUUUAGACCAUCAAAGGCUGCUUCUCAAUGUUGAUAAUAGUGCUCUUAAGCAGAGAAUUGCAGCAUUGGCUCAAGAUAAAAUUUUCAAAGAUGCCCAUCAGCAAGCAUUAAAGAAGGAGAUAGAAAGAUUGAGAAAAGUAUAUCAUGAACAAAACAUUAAGAAGAUGGGAGAUAAAGCCACCGUGGAAGAACCACCACCACCACAACCACCGUUAGCCGCCACCUUCGAAUAAUUUCUCAAGGGUGUGAGGCUGUGGUGCUGAUAAGCUGCAUGUGCAAUGAGAUCACGUGAUGUAGUGGGUGGGACCCAUUAUGUUCCAUGAUUUUAUAGUAUUGCUACUUACUUGACUUGGGGUGGGGUUUCAUUUUCAUGAAAUGUUGACAAGAAAGGAUAAAGGAGAAAAAUGAAAAUUUGGCUCCUUUUUUCCUGAAAAUUGUGGCUAGAAUUUGUUUCAUUCAUUGUUUGUUUUGUAUUUAGGUUUAAGAAAGUCAAUGUUGGAGGCUUAAGAUCACUUAAAUAAUUUGCUUUUGUAUUGUAAUGCAUGCUGUCAGGGUAGAAAUUUCUUUUAUUUAUUUAUUUGUCUGAUUGGUUUAACCUA